AUGAUUGGCUUGACGCUGUUUGUGGGUGUUGUGAUUGCCAACUACACUGAAAACCGGGGGACGGCGUUGUUGACCGUGGACCAGAGACGUUGGCACGAUCUGAAGGCUCGUUUGAAAAUGGCACAACCGCUUCACGUACCUCCAAAGCCAUCGGAGUCGGCUAGGCUAGGAACCGUUUUUUAUGAGCUCACACUGAGUCGUCGAUUUAGUCAGGUAAUCCUUAUGUCCUUCGUUUUGAUGUUGCUCUUCAAAAUCAUUCAUACUGUUCAGGUCUUUGCAUUCUUGGUGCUGCUCAACUCGGCCUGUUUGAUUAUUCCAUGGAAUGUUGAAGAGGAAGGUGAACGAAGCAGCAUACUCUUCUUUGUCACAGCUCUCAGCGCUGUCAUCAAUAUUCUCUUCACUGUGGAAGUGAGUCUACAAAUUUUAUUACUGAAGCGAAGGCCCAGUACACCAUGA